UUAAUAUGCUGUCAUCUCCCAGCAAGACUAUUUCAGAUCUGAAGUUGUUUCUGCCUUCAGUCCUGAAUCUUCUUCCCAGGCGCUGCUCUCUGAAAUAUCAAUAUGUGUAUGUAAUUGCCUUGGGUAAAGCUCUUCUUAUUGUUGACAUUUACUCACAGGAAGAGAUGGAAAGUGCAGAGCCCUCACCAUGUCACUGAAGGUUUAUCACAGUCUGGGCCCUGCUUUCCCUUGAGCCUUAUCUCACCAGCAGCCUCGCCCCAUACCUAUACUCCAUCGCUGUUGAGCAACACAGUUCUCUAUAUAUUUCCUUAAUGUUCCCUCUGCCUGGAACCAGCUCUUUACUAUUUCCGUUUCCUUAUGGCUAACAAGUACAAGUUUGCCUUGGAAGAUUCAGCCCAACAACUCUUCCAGAAACCUCUCCUGAUUCCCCUAAAGUGGUAUUGAACACUCCAUUCCUUGUUUUUCAUACCUUCUAUAGAGAAGUCAAUUUUGUUUCACUUACUUAUUUGUGUGUUUUUUUCAGCUUAGAACGUUAUUUCCUUAGGGGUGGGCACUAUGUUCAUUCACGUUUGCAUUGUUUACAUGCUAUUCCUUAUCUGAAACACUUAAGAGGGGAUACAGUGUAGAAGAACAUGGGUUUUGGAAACAGAUAUUCUGAAUUUAAAUUAUGCCUAGGCCAUUCUUUAAUUGUGUGAAGCUUUGGUAAGUGACCUAAACUCUCAAUGCCCCAGUUUAUUCAUAUGUAAAGCAGGAGUAACAGUGACUACCUUGCAAGUGAUGUGAUGAUUAAUCAUAUUUUGACCCACAUAAGUCUACAGAAAGUGCUUAGAAUUGAUAUUAGCAAAUACUAAGCAUUUGGUAAUACUAGCUAUUAUAAUUUCUACGAAUUUAUGUAAACUUUCCUAUAAGAUGAUCAGCACUGAUCUGUAAGGAAAAUACAAGCAAAAUGAUUAUUUUCAGAAAUAGAUCAAAUGUAAUUAAGUACCCCAAGUCCAGAAACAGUUUAAAUCCAGUCAGUCAAUAUCAGUGCACCCACUCCUGUUUAAAAUGUUUCAUUUUUUAAAAUCUUGUUUUCUAGAGAGGCAAACUGUGCCAGUUCCAGACUUUUAGUUUUUUAGUCAAGCACGGUUGGUUAAGCAUUUUCCAUUCUUCAGCAAAUUCGUAGUAUUUUCCUGUGGGAUAGUAAAUUCUAUGACUUUGUAAAGUUUAAGUAGAAAGACUAUCAGUUGAUCUAUGCAAGGCAAUUGCUGGGUUUGAUCUCGUUACAGGUGGAGAACAAUCGAGUGGCCAUCAAGAGCACCAAAGCAGUGGCUAAGACCUGGCCGUUUAGUUUCCUUUUAUUCUCAGGAGGAGUGCAGGCUUUUCAUCAGCCCCUAGUCACUCAUAUAAAGGAGUCUGGGGAGGGGAAGAUUUGCAUUGCUCUUGAGCACCAGAGUUCUGGACAGCACCCCGAGCACUGCGGAAGAGCACCCGGUCCUCUCUCCUCUGCCGGCGCUGCUACUGCCGCUCUAGUACCCCCUGCUGCCGAGAAAGAAAAUUACAUCCGGAUCCAUGCAACCGGCAAUGAUGAUGUUUUCCAGUAAAUACUGGGCAAGGAGAGGACUUUCCCUGGAUUCAGCGGUGCCUGAAGAGCAUCAGCUACUUGGCAGCUUAACACUAAAUAAAGCUAGCUCAAGCAAAAGUGAGGACAAGAAAGGCAACAAGGGAAGCAGCAAAAGUGAAACCUCUACCGAGAGUGGCAAGACAGCAGUCAUAUUUUCCUUGAAAAACGAAGUUGGGGGAUUGGUAAAAGCACUGAGGAUCUUUCAGGAAAAACAUGUCAACAUGGUUCAUAUUGAAUCCAGGAGAUCCCGGCGAAGGAGUUCUGAGGUUGAAAUCUUCGUGGACUGUGAGUGUGGUAAAACAGAAUUUCAUGAGCUCAUUCAACUACUGAAAUUUCAAACCACCAUUGUAACGCUGAAUCCACCGGAGAGCAUUUGGACAGAGGAAGAAGAGCUAGAGGAUGUGCCUUGGUUCCCCCGGAAGAUCUCUGAGUUGGACAAAUGCUCUCACAGGGUUCUCAUGUAUGGCACUGAGCUUGAUGCUGACCACCCAGGAUUUAAGGACAAUGUCUAUCGACAGAGGAGGAAGUAUUUUGUGGAUGUGGCCAUGAGUUAUAAAUAUGGCCAGCCCAUUCCCAGGGUGGAAUACACAGAAGAAGAAACGAAAACUUGGAGCGUCGUAUUCCGGGAGCUCUCCAAACUCUACCCCACGCAUGCUUGCCGCGAGUACUUGAAAAACUUCCCGCUGCUGACUAAAUACUGCGGCUACAGGGAGGACAACGUGCCUCAGCUGGAAGAUGUGUCUGCGUUUCUGAAAGAGCGCUCUGGCUUCACGGUGAGGCCCGUGGCUGGCUACCUGAGCCCAAGGGACUUUCUGGCAGGACUGGCCUACAGAGUGUUCCACUGCACUCAGUACGUCCGGCAUGGCUCGGACCCCCUCUACACCCCAGAACCAGACACAUGCCAUGAGCUCCUGGGGCACGUUCCACUCCUUGCAGAUCCCAAGUUUGCUCAGUUUUCACAAGAGAUAGGUCUGGCAUCUCUGGGAGCCUCAGAUGAAGAUGUUCAGAAACUUGCCACGUGCUAUUUCUUCACAAUCGAGUUUGGCCUUUGUAAGCAAGAAGGGCAACUGCGGGCCUAUGGAGCAGGACUGCUUUCUUCCAUCGGAGAAUUAAAGCAUGCUCUUUCUGACAAAGCAUGUGUGAAAGCCUUUGACCCGAAGACAACCUGCUUACAGGAAUGCCUUAUCACCACCUUCCAGGAAGCCUACUUUGUUUCAGAAAGUUUUGAAGAAGCCAAAGAAAAGAUGAGGGACUUUGCAAAGUCAAUUACCCGUCCCUUCUCAGUGUACUUCAAUCCCUACACGCAGAGCAUUGAAGUUCUGAAAGACACCAGAAGUAUUGAAAAUGUGGUUCAGGACCUCCGCAGUGAUCUGAACACAGUGUGUGAUGCCUUAAAUAAAAUGAACCAAUAUCUGGGGAUUUGAUGCCUCAGACCAGUGCCGUUGCCAGCGCAAUCUUUUGGGGGUGUAGCAGCAAUUUGGUCAAUGUCAUGUAACACCAGUAACUUUCUAUGUCAUGGCUUGGCUAGUAAGCAUGCAACUCUGUAUAUCUAUACCUACUUGUGACUUACUGUGUUAAUAUAUGCAGUGCCCUAAGGAAACCAAUGGCAGAUAACCAGUCAUUGUUUGAGAAAUUAUACUAUGUUUAAAUGUUUAAGUGUAUUUGACAUUCCUGCAUAGUGUCCUUAACUGAACUGUUUCCUUAAAAUUUGUAACAAGUAGCACUCUUAUGAUUCAAGCCUAUGCCCUUUUCUUCUUUGGAGCUGAGAUUUUCCUCUGUGUCCAUUAGAUAAAAUGAAAACAACAGUGGAACAGUUUCUGUUUUCAAUAGUAUCAGUGUUUUCACCAUAUAGUGUGAGAUAAACCCAGAGCUAUAGGAAGCUUUCCACCAUAAUAACAAAUGAUUCAGUUUUCUAAUUCAGAGGUGGUUGAGGUAACACAGUAUUUGGGAUGCUUUUAGGCUGGGUAAUUAUACCGCAUAAGAGAAGAGAACAUUGUACAAACAGGAUAUAGAGGUUACUUGGCCCUUGUGAAAAAUGAGUUGUGAAAAGCUUCUUGAAGUACUUUGGAAAAUAAUACCUGUGGCAAGGAUAUUAGGAAAGAGCAAACAGUGGGGAAUAAGUCUUGUGACUAUGCAUUUAAUGCUAGAAUAAAGUGAAUUAUAAUCUCA